AGUAGGCUACUAAGGGGAGGAGGGGCUACGUCCUAAACUACCGGAGAGACGCCCAUGCUCAAGCUCACGCUCACACUCACACUACUUAUCAACUGUCUGUCCUGACAAGACUGAGACAUCAGAUGUCCGCGGGAAAUAUGGAACUCGAGGGCAAAAGAAAAAUGAAGGAGCAAUGUGCCCUGAGGAAGGACAUCAUCAAAGAGUUCCUGGCAGAAUUUCUGGGGAUAUUCGUAUUAAUAGUUCACCUCCCCGUCCUGUCCUGUCUGUCUGAGUGGUACAGCUCAGUGGCUGGGCUUACUGAGGCUCAGUCUCAGUGGGCUCAGUGAGUCAGUGGUCAUCCUGAUCAACGGCACAACAUAAAUGGACUAAUCCACUCCUCACAACAGAAGCAGCUAUUUUUGGACAAAAUCAUUAUUUCAACACUUUUGUUUUGAUUUACUUGUCCUUCUAAUAAAAAAAAUGAAAGGAUUAAUGAUAAUUUCCCAUGCUUCAAAUGGGACAUCUUCUAUGGCAUUCUUCUUACAGGGUUCAGGGGGAACGCACUGAUCUAAAAGGCCAUCUAAUUAGAAAUGAAGGCUGUAGAACAAAAGGACUAGUCUUUUGUGCAUAAUUAGAAAUGUAAAAAAAAAACGACUCUUUCUUCCUCCUGCCAACAUGUUUUUGCUUUUGUUUUUUGUCUCUGUCUCUGUCCCAGCUCUUUGGAUGUGGCUCGGUGGCCCAGACAGUGCUGAGUAAGGGAGCUCUGGGAGAACCCCUGACCAUCCACAUCGGCUUCACUCUGGGGGUGAUGAUGGCCGUCUACGUGGCUGGGGGAGUGUCAGGGGCUCAUGUGAACCCAGCAGUCUCUCUGGCCAUGGUGGUCCUGGGCAAGCUGCCUAUAAAGAAGUUCCCUGUCUACGUGGCAGCACAGUUCCUGGGUGCCUUCGCUGGAUCUUGUGCUGUCUAUGGGUUGUAUUAUGAUGCCUUAAUGGAACACACAGGAGGAGUUAUGCAAGUUACUGGCGUCAAUGCCACAGCUAAUAUAUGGGCAUCCUACCCUGCCAAGCACAUCUCAGUCCUUGGAGGAUUCGUAGACCAGGUGAUAGGAACAGCUGCCUUGAUCCUAUGCAUUCUGGCCAUUAUUGAUGGGAAGAACAUUGGAGCUCCUAAAGGGAUGGAGCCACUGUGCAUUGGCCUGAUCAUCAUGGCCAUCGGAGUGUCCAUGGGACUCAACUGUGGCUAUCCCAUCAACCCUGCCAGAGACCUGGGCCCAAGGCUCUUCACUGCUGUGGCCGGAUGGGGCAUGGAGGUGUUCCGUGCUGGAGGCUGCUGGUGGUGGAUCCCAGUAGCGGGGCCCAUGGUGGGAGGAGUGGUGGGGGCCGCCGUUUACUUCCUGUUCAUCGAGCUGCACCAUGCCGAGCCUGAGAAACAGGGGGAGAACAACGUCAAGGACAAAUAUGAGAUGGUCACCCUGAGUUAGACAGAGAGGCCAUGAGCCCCAAUGGUACUGAGGCUUGGCAGCUUCCUACCCCUUUAACCCUCAACAGGCUAAACAUUCACCUCAAUGAGGCCACACUUGACACAACCUUCUCUGCUUGCACUAGAGUCAUUUCCUCUGUCUAAGGGACCUGAGGUCAGGUCUCAGUCUCUGCACUCUCAUGGACAGGUCUGCUGAAAGAAUGCCAAAUGAGCCAAAACAUAAAAAACGCAAACACGUAUGUAAUGUUAAAUUCACAAUCACAAGCUGAGAUCUCAGGCAUGUUUACUAGCCCAUGACAUCAUCAUCAGGUGUUCAGACUGUCCAUUCUACUCUGAGGAUAGUUCCUGAGUACAGUGAUUUUUAAUAAUUUAUAUUGCAUUUCUUGUACAGGGCUAUUUUUCAUUGCAGGAGGAAUUUGCCAAGUUUGAAACCGUCUCAUUAUUUCCUAUCUUUCAGGCAGAGGUGAUGGUAAAUGUUAUUAACAACAUAGAAAAUAGCCAGGAACAGUUUCUGUGAUGGAAGGAAGGAAGUGUAUAUUUUUUUGUCAUUGAGCUAGUUUAAUGGUAUGCUCUCUGGAGUGUCUUCCAUCUUCUGCUUCACUUCAUCCAUCUAUUUGUUACAGUUGUAUGAAUCCCUCUGCCUGCUGCGACACACAGCCUCAUCACUGCAUGUGUGCUAUAGCUAACACACAUCUAUGUAUUUGUGCUUUGAAAUGCUCAUAGUCUUUUUUGCUAGCUAUUAUUUUUUAGAGUGCAGAAAAAACAGCCUUAAUGUGUGUGAAAUGAGCCUCGCACCGUUCUGUUUGUACUCUCUCUCUCGUUGAGCACAGAACUGUGUAUCGUGACACGGGAUCACUUCUAAAUUAUUUUUUAUCUGACUUUUAUUUCCUCUUAUAUAACGUUCCUGCUGUCAUGUGCACACAUUUUCAUGGAAGCAUGAGUAGGGAAGCCUAGUAUCUACAGUACCUAGCAUGAGUAGGGAAGCCUAGUAUCUACAGUACCUAGCAUGAGUAGGGAAGCCUACUAUCUACAGUACCUAGCAUGGACAUGUUUUAAUAAACAAUAUACUGUAUGAAGAGUCCAAUGAGAGAUAGUUUACCCCACUGGCCAAUGGCCAUAUGGGAAUGUAUAAAAACUGUUUGUUUAUCGUAAUCAUUACGUUAUUCCUCCAAUGAUGCGACUAGGAUUUAACCACUGAGGAACUCCGACACUAUGACCAAUAGUGAACUGGACAAUAACAGCAGUACAACUUCCAAGAAUAGAGCCCUUCAACUCAGACAAAAACACUCCAAUUAACCAAGUCCUUCCAUCCUAGUGAUGUUAUUUAGCCAUGGGUGGGCAGAGGAACAUGGGUGGGCAGAGGAACACUAGUUCCCUAUUCCCAGAAGAGCCCUCACCAAUGAAACACAUAGCAUUUUAUAACCUGUAUGUGGCUUACUACUGAACCAGAUAUAAUUCGUAGGGAAAAAUAUAGCUCUUUAGAAAUGAUUUUCUCUAUUAUUUUACACCUUUGUUACUUAGUGGUUUAGUUGCUGUAGUUUCUUAUUGUAGUUAGUUUUUUGUACUUUGUACUUUGGAUGACUACAUGAUGCUAGCUUGAUUCUCCUGAGAUUCAACCUUUGGAGGAGUACAAUGUUUUUUUGUUGCUUCACUUGGCUUAAAAAAAGAUAAAAGGCACUUUUACUCACACAAUUUUUCUCAGAUGCUAUUUGAUAAAAGUUACUUCUUUGUGAAGGUAAUUUUGUAAUUUAUACAACUAAUGUAGAUUUUACAAAAAUAAAUAUUUGAUGUGUAUUUCUUUCAUA